AUGAGGACCUGGAAAAACAAACUGAUAAAUGUUCCAUUAGAAUUAAGAAUAAAGAAAAAUGCAGCUGCAGCUGAUAUUCCAAAAUUAGAAAAAUGGUUUGGUCUAUCAACAUCUAAAGGGAUCAGCCUUGAUAAUGUUGACAUUAGAGAUGGUGAUAAUGUUGAAGAUAGAAGAGUGUUGUUGAAAAGAGCAAUUUUUGAAUUUUUAAAAAGAAAGCCAAUAAAAAUUGAUUUUCCUGAUGAACCAUUAUACACAGAAAGAAAUAUUAGAAAUUUGACUCCAAGCUGGAUCACUUCCAGCAUCAUGUAG